AUGUCUUCCGUUAGUUCAUAUUCGGGCUCGAGCUGCGACUCUGAUGCCGAGUCGGUUUCUUCUUCACUUAUCUAUACCGAUGAAGAAUCAUUCAGUACCUUUCAAAUCCGUGUCCUCGACUUUGCUCUUCACGAGAUCUGGCCUGAUGCUACUGAGGAAGAGAUCAACGUGGAACGGAUGGCCGGAGGCGGAGAAAAUCGCAUAAUCGGUAUAUCCCGACAGCCGACUGAACAACCUGACACUCAUAUCCGCUACAUCAUACGCAUGCCUCGGUUUGAUAAUAUGUACUUGAGUAGUCAAGUUGCUACUCUACAAUUUCUCCACCAACAUAGCAAGAUUCCUGCUCCGGAUGUCAUCAAAUUCGACGACACAGAGGACAAUGAGCUCAAUACUAGAUACACCAUUCAAACUCGCAUUCCUGGGCAAGCUUUGCUAUAUUCAUAUCCCACCCUUUCUCACGAAGAGCGAUGCAGACUCGCACGGGAACUCGGUCGUGUCUAUUCCGAAUUACUAUCCAUCCGCAGUGCCACGUCCGGUGUUUUAGUGCUACCUAUAGAUGGAACAGGACCGCUUGAGAUUCUACCGUGGAAACGUCCUGAGGUUCCAUGCGCCAGAGAGUAUAGCAAUUUACCCGUGGCCGAAGAUAUCAAAAAGGUCCUACAAGACAUUUUCACAGCCCAGAAAGACUACGACUUAAGGAUGUGGCCUAAAGAUACUUCCGGGCCCUUACUCAUGGAUCAAUUCUGCAAAAUGGCUGCGGAAUUAGAAGCAGAUGGAUGGUUUACGAAUUGCUACACGUCGUUAGCACAUCUAGAUCUAGAGCCGCGCAAUGUGCUAGUCAAUCCUACGUCAGACACGAGCUCUCCCAUCAUUUCUGCUAUCCUUGAUUGGGACAGUGCCGUCUUUGGUCCCCAAUUUAUGUGCUGCAAACCGCCUCUUUGGUUAUGGGCGUGGAAAGAAGACGAAGAAGAAGACGAACGUACGGCUAAUGAUGAGCCAUCAACACCGGAAGGACGCCAGCUAAAGCAGCUCUUUGAGGAGGCAGCCGGUCCAGACUACAUUCGGUUCGCGUAUGAACCUGCUUAUAGACUUGCGAGACGGCUUGUUCAAUUCGCUAUUGGAGGUGUAGGUUCAAAUAUGGCCUUCAAGGAAGCCGAGGAGAUGCUUAAAGAAUGGACGAAGAUACAUCAUGAGGAGCCGAAAGUAUCCUCCCCUACCAAGCAAAUCGGUGAUUGCCAAAUAGGAGAUGAAAGUUCUUCGGGGGAAGAAAUUGAAAUAGGUAAAGAUAUUUCCACUGAACAAACUAGCAAUGGCAUAGCUAAUCAAGAUGAAGAUGCUGCUUCUAAAGAAGAAGAGUGUACUUCUGCACAGGAGGGUGAUGAUGCUACGAAUUUGUAUGAGGACGCUACUUCUGAGAAAGUGGAGGAGAGUACUGUCGAACAAGAAGAGAACAUUGAUAUUAAGAAGGAUGAGAGAAUUGAACCUAGUCUAAAGGAAGGCGUAUGUGUCAUACUAUAG